AUGGCUGCAAGAAACAAAAUUGAAAAGAAACAACACAUUCAAGUGUUUACUAGAGUGAGACCUUUAAGCUCUCAAGAAUUAAGAUCACAGGUUGUGGUGGAAUGUAACAAUGCUAAAGAAGUAUCAGUCAGAGACAAAAGUACAACAAAAACAUUUACUUUUGAUCGAGUUUUUGGGCCUGACUCAAAACAAAUAGAUGUAUACAAGGUUGUCGUCAGUCCUCUUAUUUCUGAAGUUUUACAGGGGUAUAAUUGCACUGUUUUUGCUUAUGGACAAACUGGUACUGGGAAAACAUUUACCAUGGUGGGCGAUAAAUCUGAUCAUGUCAAUGGAAGUUGGGAAGAGGAUCCUAAUUGUGGUGUAAUUCCUCGAACACUCAGUCAUCUUUUUGAUGAACUUAAAGUUAGGGCUGAUGAAUUCACAGUGAGGGUUUCGUUUCUUGAAUUGUAUAAUGAAGAGCUUUGUGAUCUUUUGGCUCCAAAUGAUAAUGAUGAUGGAAAAAAUUUGAAGUUGUUUGAAGAUUCUAUGAAAAAAGGUUCUGUCAUAGUUUCAGGCUUAGAAGAAAGAACUGUGCAUAAUAAAGAUGAUGUUUAUGCAAUAUUGGAAGCUGGAAAUUUACGAAGACAAACAGCUCCAACAUUAAUGAACGCCCAAUCCAGUCGUUCUCACACAAUCUUUACAAUUACUGUUCAUAUCAAAGUUACCACACCUGAGGGAGAAGAUUUAAUUAAAACAGGUAAAAUGAAUUUGGUAGAUCUUGCAGGAAGUGAAAAUAUUGGAAGAUCGGGAGCUGUUGAAAUGAGAGCAAGAGAAGCUGGAAGUAUCAAUCAAUCUCUCUUAACUCUUGGAAGAGUUAUUACAUCAUUGGUAGAAAGAACUCCUCACAUUCCAUACAGAGAGUCUAAGUUAACGAGAAUUUUACAAGACUCACUGGGAGGCAGAACAAAAACAUCGAUAAUUGCAACUGUUUCGCCAGCUCUUUGCAAUAUAGAAGAAACUUUAAGUACAUUUGAUUAUGCACAUCGAGCUAGAAAUAUCACAAAUAAACCAGAAAUAAAUCAAAAAACAUCAAAACGCGUUCUGCUAAAGGAAUAUACAGAAGAAAUCGAAAGAUUACGUCGAGAUUUGAUUGCUACUCGAGAAAAACAUGGUGUUUAUUUAGCAUCUGAAAAUUAUAAUGCUAUAAUGGCUGAAAGAGAAAAUUUGAACAGAGAAUUGGUCUCUAAAUUACAAUUAUUAAAAGUUAGAGAAGAUGAAUUGGCCAAACAAGAGGAAAUUUUAAAAAGCUUAAACAUGAAUUUGUAUACUACGCAAAGUGAACUUGCUGCUACUUGUCAAAAGCUGGAAGAAGCAAACCAACUUUGCAUAGAAAAAGAAGAUAUGUUACACGAAUUGGGAAAGCAAACAAACGCACUUCUGAAAACCGCUGAUGAAGCAGUUAAUGAUGCGAAAACAUUACACGAUCGUUUGGAUAAAAGUAGAAGAAUAUUAGAACAUAAUUAUAAUACUUCUGAAAUGUUUAAAAAUAAAUAUUAUUGGAAUUUAAAUGAUAUGAAGGGUCGAACCGAAGAUUUUUUUGAAAAACAAAUUAAUAAUAUUGAAGGUCAGAUGGAAGAAGACAGAAAAAAUUUUUCUGAUAUUUUAAGUCAUCAAAACACAUUACAAGAAAAUAUUGGAAGAAUGGUGAAGGAAUCUAAUUCUAAAAUACAAAGCUCCCUUAAUAUUCUAAAAGAACAGACAUUCGGAAAUAAUAAUUUUUUUGAAGAGCAAUUAAACAAAUUAAAACUUGCCGUUGAUACUGAAAAUCAAAAUGCCCAUGAAAUAAUUUCAAAAUUAAUGGAAUAUUCGCAAAUAGUUAAGUCCGAUUGGACCAAGUUGUUUGAUUCUUUUGAAAUAAACAGAAGGAUUCUUGAAAAACAAAGCUUUGACAUACAGUCGGCACAAGAUAGGUUAAUGGAACUGACUAAAACAGUUUUAGAUUUGCCUGCAAAAUACAAUGAACAGUUAAAACGCCGCGAAGAAAAAUUAAAAGCCUAUGUGGAAAAAUGUGACUUUUUAGAAAAGCAAAAAGCAAAUACUGACAAGCAGAUCGAAGAAUUUAGUCACACGCUUUUAAAAAUUGCACAAGAUCAAGUAGAAUUAUUGCAAAGAAAAAGCGAAUGCGAAGAAGCGUUAAAAAAUAUAAAAACGGACAAGGAAUGUGAAGAAGAAAAUAUGUUUAGUGAAAUAAACGAAUGUUUGGAAAAAAAUACCACCGCUAUCACGAGUCAAGCAGAAGAAGCAGAAGCGAUAAAUGAAAAAAUUGGAAAAUCAACAGCAAAUCUGAUAAAAAAUACCGAAGAAGUGGUUUUCCCAGUGAUUAACGGAAUGAUGGAAAUAAAUAAUGAAUGGACUUUCUCAUUAGAAUCUUUUAUAAAAGAAAAGUCAACUGAGUCACAGGGCAAAUUGACCGAAUUGAAACACCUUUGUGAAAGUCAAAAUGAUAAAGUUGUCGAGUUUUCCGAGAAUAUUGAAAAAAAAUCAUUGGAAGCCAUCGCCGAUAAUGAGAAUUUGGGAACGUGGGCAAAUAUGCAUUCGGACAAUUUUAUAAGUCUCUCAAGAGAUAAUCUAGAGAAUAAUCUUUCGAACAAACAAACAAUGUCGUCGGAAAUAACUGACUAUUCCAAUGACAUACUGUCUAAAUUUAGCGAAAGGAUGGGUGAAAUCGAAACUUUCUUUACGGAAAACAUUAAAAAAGAUGAAAGAACCGGUAAUACACCUCAGAGGAAAGAAUUCAAUUAUCCGAAAAGCAUUCUUUGUUAUUCGAACAGGGUCAGAGACACGUCUUACAAUUCCUUGUCUAGAGAACCACAAAAAAUUUCAAGAUUGUAUAUGUCAGACAGUGACGACAUAGAUGAAAAUAAGGAAAAUACUUCUUUAUAA